AUGACCAUCAAAACCCCACACAUCGCCAUCAUCGGCUCGCUAAACAUCGACUUCGCUACAACAACCACUCAAUUCCCCAGCCCCGGAGAAACAGUCACCGCAACAUCCUUGACAAUAAAUGCCGGAGGCAAGGGUGGAAAUCAAGCUCUGGCAGCAGGGCGCUCAUCCUUCACCACAAAGCAAACCCAAAAUGGCCUUGUUCGCCUCAUUGGCGCUGUGGGAGCCUCGUGUAUGUACUGGCCAGAACUAAUGGAGCCAGUCUUCCAAAGUUCCGCCGUAGUGACAAAAGACGUCACUCUGUGCCCCGGGGUCCAGACCGGUGCGGCAAACAUCAUUGUGGAGGAAAGCGGGGAGAAUCGCAUUCUCGUUGUUCCGGGCGCAAAUCAUGCGGAUGUGAUGAACGUGGAGUGGAUUUUGUCGCGUGUGAUGCAGACGGAGGUCCCGCAGGUUGUUGUAUUGCAGGGAGAGAUUCCACGGUCGACUACGUUGGGCCUUUUGGAAUAUUUCAAUGAGCGCGCACAAUCCCCGCGGCCGUUUGUGGUUUUCAAUCCUGCACCGGUCUUUCCUGACGGCAUUCCGCUGGAAUUUCUUAUGGGGACUGCUGUGCUUAUUAUGAAUGAGACGGAGGCCGUGCAGAUGGCUAGUUGUAUCGGUAAACAGCCUGUUUCUUCCUUGCACCCGGAGCAGUUUGCGCAGAUGUUCCAUGAGCUUGCGCGUGUUCAGAUCGUUGUUAUUACGCUUGGAGCAAAGGGCGUCUAUUUCUCUACAAAGAGCGGGAGGGUUGGAUUUGUCGACGGGGUGAAAGUUGAUGCAGUUAGAGACACUACCGCCGCAGGAGACACCUUCGUUGGCUUCUUUGGCAUGUCAUUCACGCGAUUUGUUGCUAGUCAAGAAGGAGCAGCUUUGGAGGCAUUCGAUGACAAGAUUGAAGAGGUCGUAAAGGUCUGUAAUGCCGCAGCAGCAACGUGUGUGCAACGUGAAGGUGCUAUGAAAAGCAUACCCUUUGCAUAUGAGCUGGAUUAA